AUGGCUUCUAUAACUCCAAGAAGAUCCGGUCCUAUACCGGGAAUACUAUCAAAAUCCCAUUCUUUAUCUUCAACAACAACAACAACAACAGGUACAAUGGGAACAAGUACAACAACUGCACCCUCUUCAUCUUCAUCUUCAUCUUCAUCAUCAUCAUCAUCAUCAGUUCCAAUAAUUUCUCGAAAUAACAAAUUUGUUAUUCGUUUAUUACCUCCAUCAUUAACUGAAUCGGAUUUUCUUAAUCAAUUAGCAACAUAUUAUCCUUAUCAUGCUAGUAAAAUUUGUCAAUUUUAUUAUAUUCAAGGUCAUUAUCCUAAAACAAAUUUUGAAAUUCCAAUUUAUUCUCGAGCUUAUAUUAAUUUUUCUAAUUAUAAUGAUAGUUUAGAAUUUUUAAAUUUUUUAAAAGAUAAAUCAUUUGAAGAUGAAUUUGAUUCAAUAAUCCCCAUGAUUGAAAAAUCAUUGUUUCAUAAAAUGGUAAAUACUACUACUACUACUACUAGUAGUAGUAGUGGUGAUGUUAAUUCAUCACAAAAGAUAUUAAAAGAAUCGAAAAAAAAUUUAAAACGUGAUGAUUUAAUGAAUAAUGAAAUUUAUAAAAAAUUUUUAAUGUUUAUAAAUAAUGAAAUUGAUCAAUUUGAUUUAAUAAAGAUUAAUAAGAGUAUUAAAAGGAAACAAUCUACCAAAUCUGAUGGUGGUUGUGGUGAUGCUUCAAAAUCAUCUAAGGAGAAAAAGAAAUUAAAGGUCAAGAAAUCAAUUAAAGAAAAAGCAAUUGGUAAGGAAAAAGAUAAGACUAAGACUAAGACUAAGCCUAAGACUAAGACUAAGCCUAAGGAAAAGGUAAAAGAUAAAGGUAAAGAAAAGCCUCCAAAAUUGACAAAUGGUGACGAUACAUCGAAAGAUAAAUUGGUAAAUAAGGAUAUAAUAACGAAGGAAGAUGUGAAACUGAUUAAGAAACUGAAUGAAAGUAAAUUGACAGAUGAAACUACAAAAGAAAUAAAGAAAUCUAGGAAGUUUAAGGAAACAUUAGAAAACAUGAAGAAACGAAUAGAAUCUAACAAUGGUACAAUUUCUGAUGAGAAAAUUGAAGUUGCAAAACCAAGAUCAAAUCCAAAAUCAAAUCCAAAAUCAAAAUCAAAAGCCAAUAAACCUACAUCUAAAUCUAAUGGCAAUAAUAGACCUGAAUCAAAAGAUGAACAACAACAACAACAACAACAACAACAACAACUGAACGAUACACCUUCAAAGAAACAAUCCAAAAAUCCAAAGCCAAAAUCAAAAUCAAAACCAAAACCAAAACCAAAAUCUCAACCCCAACCCCAACCCCAACCUAAAGACAAUGAACAAGCAAUUAAAGUUAAAUCUCAACAACCAGAUUUAAAGCCAAUAAAAUUAUUAAAACGAUCAGAAUCAAAAGAAUAA